CGUAGCCUAGUAGGAUGUGUUCACUGAAGAUGGUGGCGGUGUGUCAGACUCACUCUCCUGCACAUUUGUAAGAAUACAUUUCUAUUUGUACACAUGUCCGACAUCGGCUUUGCCUGACUUCACUCUCUUCAGUGACAUCUACUAGAGUGACCCGGUCCUCGGACCUGUUAGCUCUGCAGCCAUGCAGCCCCCUCCUCGGACCGGACCUCUGGGAGCCUCUGGCCCACCUCCUUCCGGGCCCAAUAUGUUCCGCAGGGCCAGGCCUCACAAGCAUACAGCAGCGGCUGCUGCCGCAAUGCCGCCCGCUACCCAACCCAUGACGGACCCUUUUGCUUUUGUUAGAGCUCCUCCUCCUCCUAUGGCUGCAGGUGGUCUCCCAACAAUACCCAACAGCAACCCUCCACCAAUGCAAGCCCCGCCUAACGCCAUGUACUCUCAAGCUGGCUCAGGGCUGCCUCCACAACCACAGACACUGGAGGAUGUCCCAGCUGUUCUCUCUGGUCCCCCGCCAUCCUCUCUACCAGGGGUGACACUGUUCAACCCUCACGGUGCAGCAUCCCCUGGUGGUUACCCAGCACCCGGUCCCGCAGGAUAUGCAUCCUCUAAUAGUGAACAGGGCUAUUUUAACUCAACAGAACAGACGCCAUCCAUGGCCACAGAGCCACCACCUGUGGCCUCAGCCUCAGCACCGGGUCAGACACCUUUUAACCAGGAAUUUCAAGGACAUCCUCCUCCUCAGCCCAUGUCCUUCCAGCCUGUGCCUCCCGCCGCCUCCUAUUCCCAGUGGGCCCCUGAUCAUGGAAGUCGCCCUCCAUCAGUUCAGAACUAUUUCCAGCCUACUAGUGACCCUCCGUCACAGCCUUUUAAUUUACCGCCGCAGACCCAGAUGUACCCCUCCCACACCCCAUCGCCCCAUCACAACACCCCCACCCCUCCAUCACAACCUGGACAUCCCCCAGUUCAGGCUCCUCUUCCUCCCCAGAACCCUGUAAAUGCCCCCAGUUCACAAUGGCCCGACCCAAAUGCACCCCAGCAGCAUAAUUCCCACUUCCAAACUCAGAGCUACUUCAGUCAGAGCUCUGCUCCCCAGGACUCGUGGUUCAACAUGCCCCCACAGGACUCAGGCUACCACCAAAUGGGGACUGGCCUAGCCCAUCCUCAGCCCCGGCCUGACUCUGCUGGAUCGCAACAUGCGUCCAACACUGGUCCUGGGCCUGGACCUAGUUCUGCCUCUGCCCCAGUCCCAUAUGCUCAGGAGUCUGGUACACUCUCAAUGUUCUUUAAAGACAAUGAUGUGGAAAAUGAAGAAACACUGGCUGGUGAGAGAAAUAAAGCAGUGAAUGGUAUUCCUGGAUCCUUUCAGCAUCACAGCAACCCGCUAGCCCACAGUGGCCAUGGUGAUGCUCCUUUGGAUUACCAAGGACCUUCUCUGCAAGAUCAUUCACACCUACCAUACAUGAACGAUGGCAACCACGCACCACAGGCAAGUCCCCAGAAGCCCCCUGAUUCCCACUACGACCAUGUGGAGAAUUUGGAGUGUGUCCCGAACCAGGAAGUAUUACCCAGUGACAUUCACGGCAGUCCUGCUGCACCUGCAGCCCACGGAGCAGACCAGUUUGAAACCGGGCCUAACCUAGAGACUCCCGAUUCUGUUCCAAGACCAAUUAGAUCUGCCAGUGUGUCAUCCAACUAUAGCAAUAUGAGCCACGGAAGUGGAAGUGGCGCUCGUCGGCAUCAAGGAGUAGUGGGUACCUUUAUUCAGCAGGAAAGUCCGCGUCUCACCGAUGAUGCUAACCUGUCUGCUGCCACUGGAGGCUACUUUGAGCAGAUUGACACUUCUCCAGCUGGAGAUAUGGGUGCCCAACAGAGCUCCCUGGAGCAGAUGUGGCCUCCCACGCCUAGCCCUCCCAAACCGACUGGUAUCUUUCAGGCCAGUGCUAACAGCUCUUUUGAACCAGUGCGCUCACAUGGGGUUGGAGUGCGUCCUGCUGAAGUGGACAGGGCUAAAAUGGUAGCGGAAGGGGGUACAGAUUCUGCACCUGGCAACCUGGAGCAGCCGCCAGAUAAUAUGGAAAAUAUUUAUGGCGCGGGACACCUGCUGCCUGCUGGGGCUGGAGGUGGUGUUCCUCAUCUGCCACACCCAGUGGUUCACUCUCACUCCCGACCUUCGUCCCGUGCUUUUGGGGCCAGUCGUCCCUGUGAGAGCCCCGCCACUACUCUGUGGGCUCAGCAUGACCCUACGAGCUUGGGCGCUAACAUCCUCCUAGCCCCCGCUGCCCCGACAGUUCUUGCCCCUUUACGACAGCCCAGGGCUGACAUCAUCCAACCUCCAGAGGAUGGCCCACUGGACCUGCAGCCCUCCCAGAGAAUCCAGCCACAGCAACACUCAGAGAACCUAGAGAACCCACCAAAGGUGAGUGAGGCCGAGCCGACUGACCCUCAAGGCAACCUGGGCUAUGCGUCUCUCCUUGUGUCCGACUCGCUCCACCAGCCUGUUUUGAUUGCCCCGCCAGUGUCCAAUUACAGUGUGAUUCCCCCCAGUUUCCCUGCUCAAGCACCCAGUCAAAGUAGCCUUAGGGAAACUACCCCCCCUGUGAGACCACUCGCACAGGGUCAGGGUGCCAGUACCUCCCAACCACCUCCAGUAACCUCUAAUCAGAAUCCAGCGUUUGCUCCUGGACCUAUAAGCUUCAGUUCUUCACCCUCUAGCCAGGGCCCGCUCAAUCUGACCCGAGACAGCGCAGAAGCGGCAACAUCAGCUAUCACAUCUCCGCCGCAGUCUCAGCCGGUCCGCCCUCCUCUUUCAAGGGGCCAAUCAAUGGGUGGAGACAGCCACUCUGCUCUCCAAGUGAUUCCACAGGCUUCUUCUCUCGCAACCGCUCCUGUCUCUAAUCACAAUCAGCCAUCAAAUUAUGAACUGCUUGAUUUUUCUAUGCACCAAUCACAAGCCCAAAGCCAAGCAUCUGGCCAUCCUUCCUCUCUGCACGAGUCUCCACAGUCUAGUAAUGGAUUUUACCUACAGGUCACCAAAGAUGCUCAGCAGGGGGUGAGAGCGAGAGGGAAUGUCCCCGUCCCGACCCCGGCCUCUUCGUCUAUCCCACAGGUACCACCAGCAGCCUCCCAAGCAGCCGCAAACAUCCAGCCACCGCUAGCGGAACCUCCUAAGACAUUCGAUUCUCAGGCUGCACCGCAGGGACAAAAUAAUGCUCCUUCUGUUCCGGUGAGUGGAGCACAACCCUCCCGUGACCAGUAUCCACCUCCAGCACCGGGGCCUCCUGCUGCGGGGACUGCUCCUCUUCCUCCUCCUGCUGCUGCUCCUGCAUACCCUCCUGGGCCUCAAGGACCAGUACCUCCAGGAGCUCUUCAACAACCCCCUCGACCACCCUCCUCUGCAGGCAGCCAGCAAGGCUACGGGCCCACUCCUCCAGCGCCGGGACAGAUGUAUGGUGGCUAUUAUGGUAAUUAUGGAGAAUACCCAAAUAGCAGAGCACCAUAUCCUCCUGGCCAGUACCCGCCUCCACCUCCACCUGGGGAUCCUAGAGCACAGCAAUAUUAUCAAGAGGGUCCAUACAGGGGCAGAACAGAUCCUUGGUAUGGCCAAUAUGAUGGACAGACCCCGGCGUAUCGUGAUCCAAACUACCCGUACAGAGAGCCUCAGCCAGAACGACCCAGCUCCAGAACUAGUCAGUACUCUGACAGGCCCUCAUCCAGGCAAGGCUAUGCUAACCCUGAAGAUUACCACAGAGCAAACCAAAGUGCCUAUCCUGAAUAUUAUGCAGAUUACGCCAAGCACUAUGAUUACGCAGGAUACAACUAUGGACAGUAUGACCCGCGCUACAGAGGCUACUAUGAUCAGGCCUACUGGGCUAAUUAUGAUGACAGCUACAGAGCCAGAGACCCUAACUACUAUAAUCAACAGCCGCAACAGCCGUAUCCUCCUCCUGCCAGGAAAGAGGGCUAUGACGAUCAGUGGCGGUACUAUCCCGGUUACGAUGCCAGCUUCGACGACGAUUACCGCCGGCGCGGAGAACCGUACGGCGAUGACUUUGACCGACGCAGCGUCCACAGCGAGCAGUCGGCACACAGCGUGCACAGCUCUCACAGCCACCACAGCAGACGAAGCAGCUUCAGCUCACGAUCACAACAGAGCCAGGUAUACAGAAGCCAGCCUGACUUGGUGUCAGCAGUCUAUGACAACACAUCAUCCACUCUGGCUGUGGACUACUCCUAUGGACAGUACCCGAACCAGACUGAUGCUACCCAGAACUACAGCGGGUACCUUUAUCCCUCUGAGUACACCGCAGACAGCACCUGGAUCGCCCCCGAGCAACCUCCUCCUCGUCCUGCAACCCCAGAGAAGUUCAGCAUACCCCACCGCUGUGCCCGCUUCGGACCCGGUGGUCAUCUGGUCCAAGUUUUGCCCAAUCUGCCCUCAGCUGGACAGCCUGCUCUCGUUGACAUCUACAACAUGGAGACCAUGCUGCAGGACACCCCGGAUCAGGCAGAACUACGAGCUUUCCCCGGACCUCUUGUUAAGGAGGAGACCCAUAAGGUGGAUGUGAUAAAGUUCUCCCAGAACAAAGCGCUGGAGAGUUCUCGUGACAACAACCUCUUGGACCGGGAUUCUGCCCGCCUGCUCUGGGAAUUCAUCAUGCUGCUCUGUAGACAGAACGGGACUGUGGUCGGCACGGACAUCGCUGACCUCUUGCUGAAGGAGCAUCGCUCCGUCUGGCUGCCGGGAAAAAGUCCUAAUGAAGCCAACCUGAUUGAUUUUAACAACGAACCGCUGGCACGAGCUGAGGAAGAACCAGGAGCUGGACCGCUCUCCCUCCUGUCUGACACCUUCAUGACUGUCCCAGAGAACCUCGGCAAGGAGACAGAACGCUUUAGGGAGCUGCUGCUGUUCGGCCGCAAGAAGGACGCCCUAGAAGCAGCUAUGAAGGGAGGACUCUGGGGCCACGCCCUGCUGUUGGCCAGUAAGAUGGACAACAGGACGCAUGCACGUGUCAUGACAAGGUUUGCCAACAGUUUGCCUAUCAAUGACCCUCUGCAGACAGUGUACCAGCUGAUGUCAGGGAGGAUGCCUGCAUCAGCCACUUGCUGCGGAGAGGAGAAGUGGGGUGACUGGCGCCCUCACCUGGCCAUGGUGCUGUCUAACCUCACACACACCCUGGACCUGGACACUCGCACAAUCACCACCAUGGGCGACACUCUCGCUUCCAAGGGGCUGAUCGAUGCCGCACACUUCUGCUACUUGAUGGCCCAAGUCGGUCUGGGAGUUUUCACGAAGAAGAGCGCCAAGAUGGUUCUGAUCGGCUCCAACCACAGUUUGUCCUUUUACCAAUGUGCGACUAAUGAAGCUAUCCAGAGGACUGAGGCCUACGAGUAUGCUCAAUCUCUGGGCUCCCAGUCGAUCUCGCUACCCAAUUUCCAGGUGUUCAAGUUGAUCUAUGCAUGCCGCUUGGCUGAAGCAGGUCUGAGUGCUCAGGCCUUCCACUACUGUGAAGUUAUUUCUAGGAAUGUCCUCAUGCAACCCUCCUAUUACUCUCCUGUUUUCAUAAGCCAAAUUAUACAGAUGUCGGAAAAGCUGCGAUUCUUUGAUCCACAACUGAAGGAGAAGCCAGAGCAGGAGUUGUUCAAUGAGCCUGAAUGGCUGAUCCACCUCAGACAGCUGGAUGGACAGAUGAGGACGGGGGUGAUUACAUACAAUGAAGACAGAGUGACUCCUACUCAGUACGACUGCAGCAGCCCCAGCUCUGACCUGGACCAGCCCAGUCCACCUGAACCUUACAGCAUGCCUGUGGAGAUGGAUGGCCCCGCCCCUGACAACCCACUGAUGAGCUCAUUACUGCCCGGGCCUCCACCACAGGCAGUACAGCUGAUGCCUCCAGCGCCCACCUCUAUCCUCCAAGACGGGAUGGCCCCUCCUCAGCCUUUACCCUCCAGUGAUGUUCCCCAGUUCUACCCAGUUCCCCCCAGUGGACCACAAGGCCAGAUGCCCGUUUCCGGCUACCCUCCUCAGGAUCCUGGCUUCGCCCCUCAUCCCUUCGCCCCUCCUCCCUUCCAACCUCCUCCCUUCCAACCUCAACUUGAGCAAACGGAGAUGUACCCGGGAGCCCAUCAGCAGCCGGGUCCUCCACCUCCUCAAAUGGGCCAAAUGUCGCCACACAUGCCCGCCCCUCAGGUGCCGCAUUCACCCGUACAGGUGAACCACCCGCCACCCCAGAUGCCUCAGCACAUGCCCCAUCACAUGCCCCAUCAUAUGCCCCCUUCUCCCGGGCACAUGCCACCUGUAGAGCACAUGUCCCACGCCCCACCAGAGAUGCACCCUGCUCAGCCCACAUCAGCCUCCCCACCCAGGAGCUCCUUCACACCACAGAUGGACUUCUAUGACCACAUGGCUCACAUGGCACUGCAGGGUCCUGGGAGGAGAUCAAGGACUACUUCACAAUCUUCAAUGCAUAUGACUCCAGGACGUCGCUCUCGCACCACCUCUGAAUCUUCCACUCACUCUAUCGGACGAGAGCGAAGCAACUCGACCGCGAUGCAGGCCUCCCCGCCUCCGCCUUCGAUUCCCGAACAGCCCCGCAAAGAAGAGGCCAAGAAAGUCAAGAAAGACUCCCCGAAAAAGGGUGGUGGUGGUGGAGGAGGUGGUGGCUGGCUAAACUGGCUCUAUAGGAAGGGGAAGAAUGAGGCUCACUUGCCAGAUGACAAAAACAAAUCUAUUGUGUGGGAUGAAAAGAAGCAGAAGUGGAUCGACUUGAACGAGCCUGAAGAGGAGCGUAAGCCCCUUCCGCCACCUCCUCCUGGCUUCUCCAUGAUGCCUCAGAUGCCUGGCCCCGGAGGGCCCGCCGGACCCCCGAGUGGUGGUGGUCCUCCUGUCAACAUGUUCUCCAGGAGGGCAGGCACGAAGACGAAGAGCAGAUACGUGGAUGUUCUGAACCCCAGCAGAAUGGCUAAACCGGGCGGACUAGCCCCGGCUCCUGCAGACCUCUUCGCUCCUUUGGCACCAAUGCCCAUGCCCGCUAACCUAUUUGUGCCUAGUUCAGCUCCUGACGAUCAACAGCCUCUAGAGGGCAGCGGAGGAGGAAAUCAGGAGCAAAAUUCACCAAACACCAGCGCUGCUCCACAGAUGUUCAACCCAACGUUGUUACCACCGGCGCCAGAAGGUCCUGCCGUGCCUGAUGGCUCACAGUCCGGGGAGCUCUCACGUUCUAGCUCAAUGAGUUCUUUAUCACGCGAAGUGAGUCAGCAUUUAAACCAGAGUCAUCCUGCCCAGGUAACUGCACCUGCACCUGCACCUGCUGGAGGCGUCACCUUUUAUAACCCUGCACAGUUUGCACAGACGAGUGCACCAUCGGGAGGCGGACACCGCUCUGGACGUCUUGGCGGUCAGCGCCAGUACCCAGUGUUGAAAUAAAACAUCAUCUUGCAGAGAGAUUGUGUAAACAGACUUGUUGGAUAUAUCCUACCUGGAAGUAAACGAAGCACAUGGACAUACUGCUCUCUGCCUAAAGGACCCUUCUUUUUACCCGCACCUGAGAAGAGCAUAAUCACCGUCUCCAUCAUCAUCAUGUUGGUCUUUGUCCCACAGCUUAACCACUCUUCCAUCUUUUUCUUUCGGUUCACUAAUGGUGUAUUUUUAAACAGGCACGGCGUUUUCUUGAAGGGCUUUUUUCCUGCAUCCAAAACAGAAAAACAGACAGUUGUGUAAUGGGUUUUAACACACAUGCACGUAAACGUUUAUCCGCGGAUGAAUUCAUACACGAACUGUGUUCAUGUACAAUAAAUAUGUUGCUCCUCUAAGCUGUCCAGCUUCAGAUCUAACACUGUUAACAGAAUGAUCAUCCCAGGUCCUGUUUUAAGUUUCCCUUUGUGUCUAAAGUCCAAAUGUCCAAGUUUGAUUGGUUGAAUGUAUGUGUGAUGGAUAGAAAGAAAGUGGCACCUUUUUAAUUUCAUACUGUGGACUUGUCUUCAGUGUUCUUCUGUCAACUGGAGACGGCAUUUUUGUGUGAGAAUGAAUCGUGUCAAUAGUGCAUCGUCUGCUGUGUUGUUUGCUUUUCCUCUUGUCGCCCUCCAGUAAAGGAAAGAGACUCGUACCGGCUUCACAACCUGAGAGUUGGAGAGAGUCUGCAGUGUUAGGACGCUGCUCGUUUCAGAUAUUUAUUUCAAUGUCCUCCUGCCCAUCAACAACUCUUGACUUUAAAAGACGUGUCGGGGUCUUUCGUCCAAGUUAGGCUUCAGUUUCUCCUCUUGAGAAACGUGACAAUAUCACUGAAACGAGGGGCGGUCUUCAGAACAGCAGGAAUUGGGAUUAAAACUGUUUUAAAUGUCGCUAAAAAUAAAUCUAUCCAAAUAUUUGUAUAUCAGAUUGAUUGUAUUUAUGAGCUGUAGGCAUACAGGUGUGUGUGUGUGCGUGUGUGUGUGUGUGGAGAGCAACUAAUUUUUUCUGAUUAGCUUUGAAGAAUUGCAUUUAUGAUUCACCAGAGAUGACGUGGAUUCACUUUCUGAUCGUUUGUAUCGGCCGCUUCUGCAGACAAAUAAAUCUUUAUCUGAAUUGUUAAGUUAAUUGUACUCAAAAUAUGUUUCUUGUCAUUUUAAUUUACUGAUUUGAUUUUGAAUUUUGUCAUCCCAAAUGUUUCAAUGAUUUUUUUUUUUUUAGACAUCCGGUUAUGAUUUUAAAAGGUCCCCUUUUGUUUCAGUGAAAGAAUUGUUUUCCCCCCCCAAUGUUUUAGGAUUCUUCAUGUAAAAUUCUUUACAUAAAAAAACGUAAAUACAAAAGGUGAAAAAGUAAUAAAGUUAUUUUUUGCGCUCUGUAGCACUUU